AUGAGGAACAACGGAGGAUUAGCAGUGAUAAAGAACACGAUAGAGAAGCUUCAGGUGAAGCACAAGGAGAACAUUGCUGCGUACGGUGAAGGCAACGAGUGUCGUCGCACGGGGAAGCACGAGACCGCAUACAUCAACAUGUUUUCUUGGGGAGUGGCGAACCGUGGAGCUUCGGAGUGGAACAACGGAGGAUUAGCAGUGAUAAAGAACACGAUAGAGAAGCUUCAGGUGAAGCACAAGGAGAACAUUGCUGCGUAUGGUGAAGGCAACGAGCGUCGUCUCACGGGGAAGCACGAGACCGCAUACAUCAACACGUUUUCUUGGGGAGUGGCGAACCGUGGAGCUUCGGUGAGAGUGGGACGAGACACUGAGAAGGAAGGCAAAGGUUACUUCGAAGACAGAAGGCCAGCUUCUAACAUGGAUCCUUAUGUCGUUACGUCCAUGAUCGCUGAAACCACCAUCCUCGGUUAAUCAAUCAUGCAUGUUUUAAUGUUUUGGUUUUCUCCGGUCUGAUUUUCAAUUUGUGAACUUAUGUGCUUGUCAUUGCGGUAUAUUUAAGUUUAAA